ACAUCUGCACACUGACUCUUCCUAUCCAACCUGAUGGAGCUUGAGAGGUGCUGCAAAGAGGAAUAUAAUAUUUUAUAUUGUUAAUAUAGCUUAUGUUAUUAUUGAGAGCGGGUUGUGCAGUAACAAGAAAGUUCCUAGUUCGAAUUGUUCUUCCUCCACCACAGUCACUGCUUUCUGGGUUGCCCUCACAGGGAAGCUUCACCGGCCGAGAAGCUAAAUCACAGCCAGGUACGGUCCCCGGGCGCUACAUGAUGGCUGCCCGCUGCUCAUCAAGAGAGGAUGGGUCAAAUGCAGAGCCUUCUAAAACCACAGAAUGUUUAGGAACUUUUUCCCCAGUCGCCACAAAACUUGCAGCUCAAAGACGUGCUGUCAAUCUGCCAUACCUGCCAACUACUACGGUUUUCCCGUAAUUAGUACGGUUUUCAUCAACCUAUUCCGGGUUACGGUUGCAGUGAUAAAAAAUAUGGUUUUUCAUUAAUUAAAUUUUUUUUAUUUUUUUUAAGUUGUAUUCACGAAAUCGCGUAACAACAAUGACAAUCGACACUGCUUCCCGUAACUUCCUAUCGAGCCAUUCCGAAUGCCAUGUGUAACACGGGUGGGAAAUAAGCCAUAUUUCCUCUCAUGACAUCUCCUCAUAUUACCUGCGCCGUUUCCACGUUUAAUCUCGCGAGUUUAACACACGCGCUCACGUGACCCGCUGCAGCCAAUCACGCUCUAUAAAAUCCAGCAUUCCGAGAUGGCUGCCAGGUGCGGUGGCUAAGCCUGGGGACAUAUGAAGCCGGUAUGUUUUAAAGUUGUCGUUUGCUUGCAUAUUGUAAAAACAACCGUCCAACAUUUUACAACUAAUUGUAAACUUGUAGGUGCCGAACAUCAGGGACGUGUUGCGACGAGAGAGUGUGUCGAUGAUAAGAUAUUAAGCCGAGUUGGCCAGGUCCCUAAGUCUUGGAUGGCGAGCUGUAGAUAGGCCUCGAGCCUGAGCCCAAGGAUCUCCACCUCUCAACCCCUGAACUCCACCUGCUCUGGUCGGGCCGAUCCAACAUGUCUGAGCUUUUUAUGGAAUGUGUGGAAGAAGACUUGGAGCCAUGGCAGAAAGCAGCUUCAGAGCAGUUAAUUGAGGAUGACGACGAACCCAUUUUUGUUGGAGUGCUGCCAAAAAAGGAACACAUUAGUGACUCUAUUAGAAAGCAUGAUGCAAAGUCUGCUGCUGCUGCUCCUGUUCCUGCUACUCAGCCAGCCCUGAGCUCCUCAUCUAUUAUGUUACCAUUGAAAAUUGCUGGAAAUGCCAUCACUGCUACUACUGUAGCCAAUCUCACGACCAUGACUCCACGGCCUGUUAUUGUCAACAAUCAGGGCUUCAUUGUUACGUCCCCACAGUUAACUAACAACAGUAACCUUAUCGCCACUCUUGGGAAACAGUAUCCUCCUGGGACAAAAUUUACCAUCGUACCAGCUGGUCAGCAGAAGCAGCUACUCCAGCGAGUCACCCCUGUCUCGACGAUACCCGGUGUUGUCCAUCGGCCUCACGUGCAGCAAAUCACCAGCAAUGUUGUAACAUUGGCUAAUGUUCAGAGCCCCACUGUUUAUUCAGCCAAACCCAAUCUGCUGCAGGUCAGCCAGGCCACUUCUCCGCAGACCAUCACCAUGCCUGUGCAGGCUAACAUUGUAAACAAAGAAAAAAACACGAUGAAACGAGUGUUGCCACAAGAGCAGAUGGUCAACAUUAUUAAGAAAAUUAAAGUUGAUGUUGUAGGGCAAGCAAACACAACUAAGCCAGUGGAAAAUGGUACAUCAAAGAAAACAUGCCCAAAUUGUCAAGAAGAAUUCUUUCAGCAGGAGGCCCUGAAUCAUCAUAUGACUAGCUGCCUGGUCAGAGUGGACACUAACGUUUCACUAGCCAAUAGCACGGUCACACACAAACUCAUCAUGCUGGUGUCAGAUUUUUACUAUGGCCAAGCUGAUGGGCAACCUGACAAAACGUCUCUGCAAAGAAGUAACACCACUUUCAAGUGUCAAAGCUGUAUGAAAGUUCUCAAGAGCAAUAUCAGGUUCAUGAACCACAUGAAACACCACCUUGAGCUAGAGAAGCAGAGCAAUGAGAGCUGGGAGAGCCACACAACUUGCCAGCAUUGCUAUCGCCAGUACCUGACUCCAUUCCAGCUGCAGUGCCACAUCGAGAGCGCUCACAGCCCCAUAGAAUCCACAACCAAUUGCAAGAUAUGUGAGCUGGCGUUCGAGUCCGAGCAAGUGCUGCUGGAGCAUAUGAAAGACAACCAUAAGCCUGGGGAGAUGCCUUAUGUCUGUCAGGUGUGCAAUUAUAGGUCCUCCUUUUUCUCAGACGUGGAGACACAUUUCCGAACUGUUCAUGAAAACACAAAAGACCUCCUGUGUCCUUUUUGUCUCAAAGUAUUGAGAAGCAGUCACAUGUACAUGCAACAUUUCAUGAAACAUCAGAACAAAGGCAUCCAUCGCUGUGGAAAAUGUCGACUUAAUUUUCUCACCAACAAGGACAGAGUGGAACAUAGGACUCAGGUCCACAAGACUUUCAAAAAACCUGAGAUUCUGGAGGGACUCCCAGCAGGGACAAAGGUGACCAUUCGGGCUUCCCUCAGUGGCAAGACGCCUGCUUUGUCCAGCUCUGUAGAUAGAGCGACCUUUACCUUGACUCCAGAAACACUAAGUGUCGGUGCAAAAACAAAGCCUGCGCUUGGUCUGUCCAAAUCUAAACCAAACCCCUCUGAAACCAAACCCAUUCAGAGAAAGAAGAACAUGCAUGGAAAGUUCAACAUGUCACUAACCCACAUCAGUGUGAAUGGAGGGUUUUACACCUGCAUCGAAUGCAAUGCCCGAGUUGAAGAUUUCUUUUUACACUUCCCUGUAAUCUCCAAUUGUGGCGCGUGCAAUUAUCGCACAUGUUGCAAAGUUGCCAUUGGAAAUCACAUGAUAAGAUUCCAUAGCACCAUCAACAAGAGCAGAUUCCACAAAAUGGAUCAGAAGAAACAUUCAUCUGUAUUAAAAUUCACACUGGUGUGUCUCAACUGUGACCUCCUGGUGAAUGCAUCAGGCGGGGACAUCAUGUCCAAACAUUUAAAUGACCGACCAAAUCAUGUAUGCAAAGUUAUUGAAGAGAAAGACAACCGAGCCGAAGAUGGAACGUUUUUUGUACCGGCUCAACCAACUGCAGUUUCGAAAGAAUCACCAAAUGAAACAAUGCCCAUGGAUGAUGAACCUAAAAUUGAAAAGACUGAACACUUUCGUCAUGCUAGCGAGGAACAACCAGAAUCUGGGGCAACGUUGCCAGUAGAGGAUCUGCCGCCCUCUCAGCCUGCCUCCUUGGCCUCAGUUACUUUGGAUAGCGAUGUAGAUAAGUCACUUGUCGAUGCAAACAUCCCAGAGGACUGCCACCCCGACCCAGAACCCAACACAGACUAAGCAGGAAACAAUACAAAUCACAAAAACACUUGUUACACAUUUAAAACCCUAAAUAUUCCCCAUCAACCAUUAACAGAACAAUUAAAUGACAGGAAGUCAUUGCGACUAUCUCUAAACAUCUCACCGCAAUCACAAUUUGUAGAUAUUCUGUGAUGAUAGUGGAUCCGUUAACCUUGAUCCGUACAUUUGUUUGUGCAGAACACACUUUAGCUUGACUACAUGGAAACAUGUAUUUGUUUAUCAUAUUACUUAACAUCUCAAAUACCUGGAUUGGCUUAAAGUAAUAUCCUACUUGAAUUUUGAUGACAUUUUUGUCAGACCAUCUACCAUUACAUGUAUAUGAUAUAUUUUAGUUAACAAAUGUCAACCUUUUAGACAUUAUCAUGUUGAAUAAAGUGGGUAUAAUGCCUUUCCCCACACUAAGAACACACGUAGUUGUCAACUUAUUGGAACAAUUACUAUAUCAAAGAAGUGACAAACAACUUUUAGUACUGCAUUUCCUGAAAUACAGGAUUAUAAGCAUUGUAUUGUGUGUGGAUUAGUGCAGCUUGUAUGUGAUCAAGAAGGCUUCAUUUUCCACUUUUAUAAUCAAUAAAGUCAUUUUUGAGAUGUACAGUAUUGUUUAAAAUGUCCUAAAACAUGCAUAUUGGGUUAAGUGGACACUAUACUGCCCAUAGAUGUGAAUACAAAUGGUUAUUUGUCUGUGUGGCCUGCAAAGUCAGCUGGGAUAGGCUCCAACUCAUCAUGCCGAUUCUUGAAAUUGGUAAAUGUUUCGUUCAGUUUCACCACCGGCUUAAAGGAUCAUAUAUUCUGUAUAGUAUUUUGAAUUAGACAAUCAAAAUACAAAAAUAUUUAUAUUUCAUCUGUCUACAAUACUGCAGGG